AUGGAGGACAGCCGCCUCCCCAAGCGCAUACUAUUAGGAGCGAUGGCGGGGGGCGUGGGAUACCGGGGCGGGCAGGAGAGCGACUGGGUGUCUCGUCUAGGAGAGGACCUCGUGGCCUUCAACAUGAGAGACGAAAAGGAAGGGGGGAAAUGGAAAGAGAGCGCCAAG